UCACUAGAAGCUAAAAGUGAUCCAAAUAGAUUGGUCAAAAAGCUUUUAAAACAUGCAGAUUUCUUAGUUGAGAAUGCUAUUAGUGAUGUAUAUAGAAAAAGGUUGGUUAAAGCAUGGAGUAUGUUUGUGAAAUUCACUAAAAGAAUUGGAUGUGAAUCUUGCUCGACUUCAGUUACUAUGAUUGCAGUAUAUUUGGCCUGGUUGGAAAUCUCUAGACAGAGUUCAGAAUUGGCAGUGGUCAUUGGAAUUAAAAAAGCUGUUUCUAGAGAUGCAGAGGAUAAUGCACCUUUUUUCUUGUCUAAAAUAGGAAAAAAGAUGAUGGUCUCAUCAGUCUCAGCAGUGGUAAAAAGGUUUGCUGACUAUGCUAAUUUGCAAGGUAAAUUUACAGCUCAUAGCUUAAGGAUUGAAAAGGCCACUGCAGCUAUGAGAGAUAGAUUGACGAUAGAGCAAAUUCAAAUAAUUGGUGGCUAG